UAAAAUUGUUAUUUCUAUUUACACAAUUAUUCCCUUAAUAUAUAUCCAUUAAAAUCUUUCGUCUAUAUAUGUAAAAAUUCGGACAUUAUUUUUUAUGUGUGUUUGAAUAGAAUAGGUCAACGAGGUCACGACAGUACCGAAAUGCGAUUGAAUUUGGUCGCACAAUUGCGUCUUAGCCAAAAAUAAAUUAUGGCUAAAAAUAGCACGUCCCGGUCGUUGCGCGCGCAUUUUUAUAUUAUGUUAGUGAGCUCAACCGAUAUGACUGAAUUGUAAUAUAAUUAUAGACAACAGACACACUGAAUAACAUUGAUUGCGCCUUCGACUCUUUCAGUUGACACGAUUUACAAAAGUAUACACUUCAUAGAUGGGUGUAAUUUGGAGUCGUCCGGCAGACUUGCCAGCUUUGCCAGCUCCGGAAACGGUAAUUGAUCAAUUGAGUAAAAUAUCAGUAUCAAAACCGAAUGUUAGUGAAAAUGAUAAUUUUGAUCAAUAUAUGGCUAGUAUUCGAGAACGUCGUCAUGACGCUAUUUCAUCAAUUAAAACUGAAUUAGAUAGAUUGAGAGCUUGCAAAGAAGAACUAGAUAUGGUUAACAAGGAAAAAAUUGGAUUAGAGCAACAAGUGAAAGCGUUGAAAAAAGUAGCCAGUAUAAGCAACGACAUGCUUAAAAUUAGAGAAGCUCAAGUAACUGAUUUAAAAAAACGUUUGCAAGAUAUGGAGUCGCAUGCAGAUGAAUGUUUAACUGACUUGCGGGUAGAAUAUCAAAAACAAAUAGACAAUAUAAAAAACUUAAGACAGUUAUAUGAGGAAAGAGCCACAGCAGCUGCUGCAGGCCAUGAACAAGAAAUUAGUAGAGAAAGGGCGAAAAAUACGGCACUAGAAGCACAAUUAGCAGAAGAACUCAAUAGCAAACAAGGUAUGAAUGAUUUUAUUGCGAAACUAGAAUCUGAAGUUCAAGGAAAACAAACCGAGUAUGAACAAAUGAAAGCUAAAUAUAUGACCACCUCAGCAGAUAGAAUGAGUUUAGCUUCACAAAUGUCAUUGGUUAACAAUCUAUUCUCUACACUAUUAUCAGGCGAUGAAGGACCCGAUUUUGAUCGAUUUGCUAGGAUGCUUGAAAAUAACAGGGAACUUAUAUCUGAUUUAACAUUUAAUGGUGAUAUAAACGAAACUGCUUCCAUUUUAAUGGACAUUGCUGGUGAUACAUUAAAACGUUCAGAACAAACAGAGUAUACUUCAAAUCGUGAAAAGAUUGCUUCUAAUUUACCUAAAGUUUGGAGAAUACUAGUAGAAUUACUUAGUCAUUAUGAUGAAAAAACAUCUAAUGAUUCAAAACCAGAAGAUAUAAUUGAAUUUCGAGUUGCUUCAGUGAGUAGAACAUUUUUAAAACUAAAAGAUUUAAUUUUAGAAAAGAAUUCUUUGGUUAAAGAUAUAAGUAGGUUAAAAACCCUAAAUAAUCAUUUGGAAUCUAGAUUAGAUCAUCAACAAGAAAGACUUAAUACUGUAACUACGGAAUUAAAUAAAGCUUGGAAUGCUGUUUCAAAGUUGAAUGCUCAACACAAAAAGUUACAUACGCAUGAACAAAUACUAAGGUACGAAUUACAGCACAAAAGAAAUGUACUUACUGAGUUAAAGCAAGAAUUAGAAUAUUGUAAACAAAAAUGGGAUCAAGCUAGAGUUAAAAACACACAAACAGAGCAUGAUUGGCAAAUACUACGAGAAGAAUUUGCUCAUCGGAAAUAUAGUAUGUCAAUAGAGAGCGGAUUUGACGAAGACGAUGAUAGCCGUAUGGCUGUUGCUGAUAAUAGCUGUAGUAGUGACGAUGAUGAAAGCUGGCUGAAAUCAUUGUCUAUGGACACAAAUACAGAUUUAGAUCCGGCUGAUGAUAAUCAGUCAUCUCAAAAACCAAGCGGACUUAAAAAACUAGAAGAACAAAACAGAUCAUUACUUAAUCAAAUGGUACGAACAUGUCAAACAAGUGAUUCAAUUAAUGAACGUUUGAAUGAACUACACCGUCGUUAUGGACGUUCUAGUCUUCAAGUUUCAUUAGAAACUGAAGAAACGUUAGAGACUGAUAUUCAAACAGAAGCUAUCGGAACAAAUACUUCUGAUAAUAACAUACAAAGUAAUACUAAGAACAAUAUUGAGUCAGAUAUUGAUCGUCCAAAUUCUGAAAAUAGGCUACAAGAAUGUACGAACAUUACAAAAGUUAAUACAUUAGAUAGUCUUUCACCCAAUACACAAAUCGAGAGAGUCGAAAUCCAACAAACGGACACUAACGUAUUACGACCCGAUGAAACAGAUAGACUUCAACGAAGAGCAGCAAGGUUAAAAAGAUUGGAAGAACAGUGCUUAGGAUUAUUUAGACAGGUAAGCAAAACAAACGCUCGUAGUGAUGAAAUCUCCGAAAGGUUAGACGAAGUCCACACUAGACAAGUAGCUCGAACAGUAGAUAGACAAACGCUAAAUGGACAGACUAUUUCAACAGAAGAAGAAACUUUGGAACAAGAACAACAUCAAGAGUCAUGAUGUUAAAAUAACAACACUACGUAUUGUAUCAAAAUGUUGUAAUGAUGUUUAUAAAUAUUUUGUUUUUCACUAAAUAGCUAUUUCUUAAUUGAUAAUAAGUAAUAUAUUAUAAUUUCUCUACAUGGUGA